GGUGUCUGUGUGGUUCUGCAGGACCGGGGAUCGAUGUCCCUGCUCCCGACAUGAGCACCGGCGAGAGGGAGAUGUCCUGGAUCGCCGACACCUUCGCCACCACCAUGGGACACUACGACAUCAACGCUCACGCCUGCGUCACCGGGAAGCCCAUCAGCCAGGGGGGAAUCCACGGCCGCAUCUCCGCCACCGGCCGAGGAGUUUUCCACGGCAUCGAGAACUUCAUCAACGAGGCGGCGUACAUGAGCCAGCUGGGGAUGUGUCCCGGCUUCCAGGACAAGACCUUCGUCAUCCAGCAACACCCGCUUCACGUCGGAGUUAAAAAUGCUCAUCUUGUUGAGAUUUGUUUUGAGCCCCAGAUCUUACCGAUCCUGCUCUUCAUGUCGGCGUCUGUCCCUCCGGUGGUGUCCACAACACUGCUUCCAGCUGCUCUCAGAGCCUUGAAGAUCUUCACGACCUGUGUCUUUGCG